AUGUAAUUAAUGUCUUCGGCAUUGGCUUGCCUGCUCUCUCAGGCCAACAGGCGACAUCCCAGUCCAACAGGCGACAUCCCAGGCCAAGCAACUUGAAAAAGCAGAAUCUUAAACACGACCAUCACGUAACAGAAAUCUUGACAGUCUUCAAUAGCAUCCGUCAGAACCGAUCUCGAUAUGCCUCCAAAACGCAGAUCCGGGAAGAGCGCCUCUACAUCAACAAACAAGACAACGACAGUGGCGAAGCGGCCCUCCGCGCUAGCGAAAGAGCACGGCCUAACAGGCCGCGAAGAAGCGGAGAUCCACGAGGCCUUCACCCUCUUCGCGGAGCCGCAGCCCGGACACAAGCACGGCGUGAUCCCGACCUCCGAAGUGCGCUCCGCCCUCAUUGCCCUGGGCAUCCCACCCUCGUCCCGCGCCGAGCAGGCCGAGUUCAUCUCCAUCCUCGACCCGGACGGCGAAGGCUACGCGCGCUACGAGGACUUCUUCGCCGUCUGCGCCCUGAAAUACCACGCCCGCGUCGACGAGGACGAAGACGACGACGAGGCCUUCACGAGAGAGGUGGGGGAGGCCUUUGCGCUUUUCAGGGGCGGGCGAGGAACCGGUCGCGAUUACGAUGUCGGCGGGACGGAUGACGAUGGUGACGACGAUGACGACUACGACGAUAUCACUGGCAGGGGCAGGGGCAAGGGCAAGGGCAAGGCGAGGGCCAGAGCAAGGGCAUCCAGGGACGAUGUCAUCACCUUGGGCGACUUGAAGAGGGUCGCAGCCGUUCUGAAGGAGGAUGUAAACGACGAUGUCCUGCGUGACAUGAUCCUCGAGGCGAAUGCCGGUGCUGGCGUGCAGGCUGGUGUGGCCAGGGAAGAGUUUGAGGAUGUCAUGCGCCGCGCCGGAGUCUGGAGGUGACCGGUUAUCACGCUUUUUUCGCCUUUUCUUUCUUCAUUUUGCUCCGUCUUGCUGCGCCCUGGUGUAUCGCCACGGGGGAGCGGCGGAAGGGAAGUCCUGGUUGCUUUGCAGGGAGGGAAGUCCUGGAGUUCUGGAUGAUACGAUACCCACGACGGAUGGACAUUACACUGGAGUAUGGCGUCAUGAAGAUCUGGGGGGGGUUUUUUUUCUUCCUUUCUUCUUCUUUUGUUAGGCAACGUAUCCAACGACGAAAUGAAUUGUGUCGUAUCAAGUUAGCUAGCUGGCAACAGGCCUUCAACGGCCGAGCGAAACCUAGCACAGGACCACUUGCGGCCGUGCACCCCCAUUUCCGUUGCCAACCAGAUUCAGAUUCCCUGUGCUCUCACGACAAGACCAGCCUAGCCCGAUGUCUCCUCUAGACAUAGGGCUUGUGACCACCCAGAUGUUUAUAAUAUGUUAAUAUGCCCAAACGCCCUUGGAAAAUGCAACAAACC